ACCAACGAUCUUCGCAUGCGCUUUAUUCCAAAAAAAAACCAUCAGCCAUAUUGGUGUGUUGUAUCGCUGUCCUCAGUAAUUUCGAAGAUCGGUGAGAUAUUUUUCUUGUUCAUCACCCGAUUCCUUUUAUAACCGUUAUUCCACGAAUAACCGGGAAUGCCGAUAUGAUAUAUAUCCGAAAUAAAAUUGUCACUUGUGGAUUUUUAUGACAUUCGUGAGCGGAAAAAGUUUGGUUAAUGUUGCCACCUGGGCUCAGAAAAAUCGGUCUGUUUAAGAACAUGUUGUAAAUAAACGCGUAUUAUUUUCACUGGAGUGGAAUGUUCGUACGAUAUUAACACCAUCUCCAACGCCGUUCUAUUUUCGCGUAAGAUUACUACUGGUGUUAAUUGAUCUCGUAAAGAAUUAUAAUUUUCGGAGUACUUUGCCACCGUCUGUCGCGCUCUCCUUUCGACCACUUUUGCUUCAUUUUUUUUUUUCUAUACACAUCUCGUAUUUGUUUGUAGAUCAUACGUAUCAUUCGCUACACUUACGAUCGAUGUUGAUUAACACAUGUUCGUUGCUCAAUUUUCAUCGAGCAACAGCAAAUCUCAUCAUGACGGAUUCCAUGAAAUUUGGUCCAGAAUGGUUGCGCAAUUUGUCUGGAGACAAUUGCAAUAAUAGUGGAGGUGGUGGAGGAAGUACGAGCUUAACUACACCACGUUACCAACUAGCUGAACAUAGAUACGGGCGAGAAGAGAUGUUGAUUCUGUUCGACCGUAAUUGUAAACCUCCUGAACCAUUAACAAGUUUUUCGUCUCUAUACGUUGAAAAAACUCAACUUCCUUUGGCUCUUAUACAAAUGACAGAAGAUGAAACGCGGAUGUGGAAUGGAGGAAUAACUAAUACCGUUGGUCGAGGGAGAGGCGGAAGCGUCGAUCGCGGGGUGCGAGGAAGAAAUGGUAGAGGUAGCUUGUAUUCCUCGCAUUAUACCCGGGGCGUUGGUUUCGAUGAUUCAGGGGAUGGAGUUCGAAUUGACAGUCAACCAUUUCAAGCAAGAAAUCGCACGUUUGACCGAUCUCAAAGUGAACGUGGAUGGUCAGAAAGGAAUGGAGCAUCGGAACCAGGGGAAUGGAACGGUUCUACUAGCCCUAGAAAAGAAUUAAAUCGCGGGGCUAGUGGUGGUUCUCUAAUGGAAGGUAACUGGCGACGUCAUCGCGGGGGAGGAGAAGACGACGAUGGUUGGCGUAAAUGGGGUAGAAGCAGUUGGCGCGAAGGUGGAAGUAUGGAUAGAGAUAGAUUAGAUAGAAACGAGGAGGGGGAGGAAAGUCGAAACAGUGGUGGGAGAUGGGAACAUCGUGGAACCCAUAGAACCACCCACGAUUCGAGUCAUCACCCCCCUCCUCGUACCGCGCGUAUUUGGGAAUCAAAUCACCACGAUAACAAUCAUGACAACCUUCCUGAAUGGGCCACCGAGAAUCCCGGGGAAAGUGGAAGUUUCGAUGCUUCAGGUGCGUUCCAUGGCGGAAUGUAUUCAGACGACGACGAGGACGGGGUGAUCAGUGCGGGUGGUAAUCAAGAAACGAGGACUCGACGCGUUUCCGAAGGCAGCGCUGCUAAUACGAGAUCUGGUAACAAACAUUUAGCUUAUACCUCGGCUCAGGCGCAAACAGCGAACCGUAAUCCUAAUAAUGGAACUAGUACAAUCACUAAAGAAAGAUCAAAGUCCUUGCACCUGCUCGAUAACAAAGACGAGCCCGUCGAGAAAGAGAAGAGAAGCAAUUCUCCUGUGAAACCGUCUGUCGCGACUACGGUUAAUACGCCAACGAAAACGUCGUCGUCAGUGUCGUUGGAAAGUUCGCAGAAUAAAAGUACCGUGGCAACGAGUACGGACCAAAGUGAUGUUAAGAAAAUUCCACCUAACGAUUCGGAAAAUAAUAAAUCUCCUGGUAAAACACAGACUAAAGGAGACGAAGCGGAAACAAAAACGGAUCCAAUGGCCACGGGAAAAAAACAAAUUCCGUUGCAAACAGAACCUCAAAAGCCUAAGCAGAGCCUGUUCAAGCUAGCCUGUCAAAAGCUUAACUCAGAAAUGGAUAGUACUAAGAAGAAAACGGAGGACGAUUUUGAUAGAAUGAAGGAAGAAGCGGACGCGUUGGUAGCUAAAUUGAUGGCCGACGAGGAAAAUCAUAGGGAGAAAACUUCCAGUGUACCGCCUUCUAUUGGUAACCAAUCAUCCACAGUUCCAUCUACGAAUGGACAGGAGAAAUGGUUUUACCGUGAUCCGCAGGGUGAAGUUCAGGGACCGUUCUUAGCGAGCGAAAUGGCGGAAUGGUGUAAAGCUGGUUACUUCACCGCAGGAUUAAUGGUAAGAAGAACCUGUGACGAGCGGUAUACUACUUUAGGUGACUUAAUGAAGAUGUGCGGUAGAAUACCGUUUACACCUGGGCCUCCUAUUCCUCCGCUAAAGUUAACCGAUCAGGUGAUACCACCUGUUCCAAACGCGGUACCAACUGGUAUAUCUGCAUUACCAAAACCCGGUAUCGAAGAUCCGCUUCUUUUACUUCAGUAUCAACAAAUGCGAUUGUUACAAAACCAACAGUUACUUCUUAGGCAAAUGCGAACAUCGGCUAUAGCGAAGCUUUCGCAGUCCGAGCAUUGGGCGACGUUGAGUCCGAUGGAACAGAAUCAGUUGAUAUUUCAGUAUGUUUUCCAAGACUCGGAAAUGUCGGAGGUGCCAAUCUCUACGAAUCCAUUCGUGUCUCAUCUUCCGUCGCAGCCAUCGAAUCCUGUGAUGCAACUUUUCACUCAGAUGCAGCAGGCGAAAACGCAACCAGAGGCUCAUUUACCUUCGACUCCACGCUCAACGACACCGGCGCAUCCUCCAGCGAUGGAUCCUAUACAACAGCUUAUACAACAAAUGGGUGGCAUGCAGAACGUUUCGGGGAUUCAACAGUCGAACAUAAGCUCCGCGCCACCAGCAACGCAAGAGGACAAUCCUAUCAAAUCUUUGUUACGCCAACUGAACGUUAACACGAACGGUCACCCGCAAGCUGCUCAUAUAGAUACCGUAUGGCCCCAGCCUCCGCCGCAAAUAAAUCCACAGUUUAAUGCACAAAAUUGGUUGGCGCAGGUUGGACCGAUACCGGCAGUACCUCCUGGCCAGUUACCUACAUCGUUAUGGGAUCUACAUACUAAAGAAAUAAAGACUGAGCAGCAAAUUUUGGAUGAACAAAAUCUUAGAUUACAAGAGGAUAGGAAGAAAGAGGAACUGAGGAAACAGGAGGAAUUACAGAGGCAGGCCGAAGAGGAGAGCGCAAAAAGGAAAAAGGAGGAGCAAGCGAAACAAGCGGAGGAAGCGAAACGGAAAGACGAGGAGAGGAAAAAGAAGGAAGAGGAGAAGAAACGGAAGGACGAAGAGAAGCGUAAGCAGGAGGAGGAACGAAAGAAGAAAGAGGAGAAGAGGCGCAAGGAGGAGGAGAAGAAACGAGAGGAGAAGAGGAAGCAGGAAGAAGAGAUUUUAAGGAAAAAACAGGAGGAGGAGAAGAGGAAAAAGGAGGAGCUUAAAAAAUUGGAGGAGAAGCAGAAGAAGGAAGAAGAAAGGAGGAAAAAAUUAGAAGAAGAGCAAAGGAAGCAAGAAGAAGAACGAAUGCGGAAAGAAGCAGAGGCGCGUAAGCAGGCAGAAGCUGAAGAACAAGCUCGACGAGCGGAACAAAGGCGACGAGAAGCGGAGGCGCUUCGUAAAUUACAAGAAAGGAGUAAAGCACCCUGGGCUCAAGCACCUCGUGCACCUGCUGCUACCGCUGCACCUGCCGCGUCGCUUGCUGAAAUUCAACGACUCGAACGAGAAAAGAAAGCAGAAGAACAACGAUUUCAACAAAUGAUGCAGCAACAGUUAGCUCAACAAAAAGCCACGGAAGCGGCUCAGGAAGCGUUGGCCACUGAUUCGUCUAAACGACUGCAAUUCAAGUGGGCCGAAAAGGCGACGUCUUCAACGAAACCUUUACAGGUGAAGAGUCUCGCACAAAUCCAACAGGAGGAGCAGGAACGCAUCGCCAAGGUAAAGCAGCAAGAAAGGGAACGUCAAGAGAAAGCAGGGCAGAAGGAGUCGGCGAAUGUACUACAAAACGCUGGGAUAUGGGGUACCGCGUCUCAGUGUUUAAAUUGGGCGAAUUCAGGGGCGUCUAAUGUCGGUCAAGCAUGGUCGAGCAAUAGCGGUACCAGCGGUUUCUGGGACGAACCGACGCCGGUUAAAUCAUCAUCGGCGACGAAACAGUCGGCGAAGCAAACCGCUGUGAUAAAGUCACCCUCUGUUAAUCAGCAACAACAGCAAAGCAACAAGGCGAAUAAGAGUAAAAAUAAAAGGGAAGAGGAGCUAGUUAAGAAAUUAUUCGAACAGAACACUGCCAAGACGGACGACUUUACGCAAUGGUGCAACAAAGCUUUGAGUGGCUUACAGGUGUCUGUUGACAUACCUACGUUCGUUGGAUUCUUGCGAGACAUAGAAUCUGCUUAUGAAGUUAAAGAAUACGUACGAGAUUAUCUUGGUGAUAAUAAACAGAGCUUAGAAUUUGCUAAGCAAUUUUUAGAAAAACGUAGUAAAUGGCGAUCGGCACAACGGCCCCAAGCCGAAGCGGACGAUUUAUGCAAACCUGCGCCAGCUGUUAAUCCAAAUGCACCUGCGGAAUUUCAAGAAGUUAAGGGAAAGUCAAAGAAGCCAAAGAAGGGUAAAAUGUACAAAGUUGAUAAUAGGAUUCUUGGCUUUAGCGUAACCGCGGCCCCCGAUCGUAUCAACGUUGGUGAUCGCGAUUACGGGGAAGGUGUUUGAACGAACUCUGACGGUUUUCACUGCUUUAUGGAAAUUAUGCAACGCUUGGCCCAAUAGAUGAUCCGUUAUUUAUUUAUUGUAGAUGCCAAAUAAGUUCUAAAAAGGAACCUGUUGCGAGUACUUCAUUAAAACGUAUAUAAGAAUUAUUUUUUUUUUUUUUUUUCUAUUUUAUCGUCAUGCGUGCAAGGAUUUUGUCCCUCGUAUUCUCUUUUUACUCGACACGUUAAUGGGAGAACCAACAUAGGCGUGGCGUUACUUCCAUCCCAAACAGAACUGAAAGACACUCCGCAAGGAAACUCAAUUGUACAUAAUACUAUUUCAAGAGAGAAAAAAAGGAAACAAAAAUGAUACUUCAUAAAGCAAAGAGAGUGAACUCAUCUUCUAUUUACGCGAUACACAUACUAUGGUACAUGUAUAGUAUUGAAACGUUUUGUAAUAUUUCAUUAUUAUCGACGUGAAUAAAGAAAUUAUGCCGAUCGAUAUAACUUGUACACGCGGAAACAUCGCAGUUGAAAGCAAUAUGUGCUCACGAUAGUGUUCAGUAAACGAAACUACUUUGUCAAUGUGUGCUUGUGAUUUAAAAAAAAAAAAAAUGAACAUCGAUCGAGCACAGUGUUGAUCGGGUGCAUCGGUGUACUUGUACCGAAACGCACCGAGUAUGUUAUAUAUAUAACAAAAUUAUAUAUAUAUAUAUAUACACAUACAUAUAAAUCCUAUGGAUUUCUUGCUUCAUCGCAACAUCAAAUUAUUCUAAUACGACUUUAGUUUCGCUACUGUGUUUUAAUCAACUAAUAUUCUUAUGUUUGAUACGUUGAGUAACUUUAUCUGACCGAUUUACGAUUGUUUUUAUUCAAAUUAGAUGGAUACUUUGACUGAAGGCAACAGUUCAAAGAAACUGAAUUGCAUAUUGUAUUAUAUAUUGUGUAAUAAAUUACUCCUUGCUAUGGGAGUCACGUUUAUAUAGAGCUUACCAGGAAAAAGGAAUGAUAAAUUACGUUUCAAAGCAAUGAUGUUGCAAAAAAAAGAAAAAAAAAACAGAAUACAAAUGGAAGCUCUUGUACUUUCUUAAUACUUUUGAAUACAAUAAGAUGAGGAAAACAUAGUACUUGCAUGUUGUAAAAUUUAUAAAAGAAUUAAACUAUCUUCCAGUAUGUUGUUUUGCACCAGAAAAAAAAAAUAAUAUGAAAGUAAGGUCAUGUAAACACUAGGAAUGUCUAUUACCGAUUUUUUUUUAAAUUUAAAUAGCACAUAAAAUGAAAUGUCUGGAUUGAUUGCUGCGUGUGCCUACGUGUGGAUCUCACUCUCGUCGGCAUAGUGUUCUUAUAAUGCUGAGAUCAAUCUAACGAUAAACAUCAAACAAGUUUAUGUAAGAUUUAAUUAAUGCAAUAUUUAAAAGCAGUAUCUUUUGUAAAACAUUUAAUUAUAAGUGUACAUGUUAUGAAGUGUCCCACCUCUAACAAGGAGUUAAAGGAGAAAACUUUUAGCACCUGUUUGAAAACCAUUGAUUUUUUUUUUUUAAUUAUUUUUUUCUUUUAAAUUGAACUAAUAACUUGGACAAAGUGGUAUGAAUACUCUGUUCAUUUCGCGGAAAAUGUUACGACAGAUCUGACCGCUCUUAAUAUUAUAAUGGUUGUUAAUUAAGGUUCAUUGAUCUUCUCUUAAUACAAGAAAAGUAUCCUUAGGAGAAGAUUAUAGACCCUUACAUGAAAGAUUUAUGUAUAAAUAAAUAAAUGUACAGUAAUACAAUAAUUAAAUAGCAAAAAAAACA